AUGGCAAACCAGAUAUCCAAUAAUUAUCAGAAUUAUGAUUUGGUUCGAGUUGCUGAUCCCAAAUUCAAUAGAUGUAGUGUUAACCGACCAACACUUCCAUGCAAAUUAUUAGCUAUAAAUAAAAAUAAUUACUACCAAUUGGAAAAAUUUGGUAUUGUCAAUGUUUAUUACUGUGCUGGUGAACUCAAAUCUCUGGAUACUAUUGAUGUUCCUGAACUCAAUACUAUUUCAUCUAAUGAAAUAUCAUUCAGAGAAGCAGUACAGCUUCAAAGUGUAGAUGUCAUUGUAAAAGGAGCAAUAGUAAGUGUGGUAAUUGAUAUCAUGAUGGAUGAUCAUGCCAGAACAAAGCAUCUUAAAUAUGGCUGGCUUCAAGGAUAA